AUGGGUUCGCGCAACAGGGAGACCUUUCAGGAGCUGUAUGUGGAGAUCCAGGGGCUGAUAGAUUUUGUGGAGGUGAAUCGUACAGGCUUCAGGAAGGCCCUGAAGAAGCACGACAAGGUCAGUUUCAAGUUUCGACGCCUUGCUGCUACAUUUGCAGAUCGCUGCCUGGAAGCUCAGAAGCAGCUGGUGGAGCUGUACGCUGUGGUGUGCUGCCACAACAACCUGCUGCUGGCCCAGCUGGAGCUCAAGGCACAGCUGCGCUCCCAGCUCAAGCUUGAGAGGACGACAGUCUGGAAGGACAUGGUGGAGAAGGAGCGAAAGGAGAACGCUGCCACGGUCGACGACAGCGGCGCUGAGUCCAAGCCCUGGUACCGCAGCAGCCUCUUCAUGAUCGCUCUCUCUUGCGUCGUCUUUGCCGUGCUCCUCAGCGUGCCGAUCUUCGAGGAGCGAGCGAAGCAGAAUUGCCUGGCGCUGCUGGGAUUUGCCUCCAUGCUGUGGUGCACGGAGGCCCUGCCACUCUACGUCACCUCCAUGCUAGUGCCCCUGCUGGCUGUUGUGCUCAGAGUGAUGGUGGACGACAGCGGGAAGCACCCGGUCAGGAAGAGCGCACCCGACGCUGCGGACGCCAUCUUCAAAGCCAUGUUCUCACAGGCGACAUGCACAAUCAUGCUGCUGCUGGGGGGAUUCGCGAUAGCUAGCGCCUUCACAAAGCACUUCAUCGCCAAGCGCGUGGCCGUCUGGGUGCUGGGGAAAGUCAGCGCCAAGCCGCACGCGGUGCUGAUAGCCAACAUGUUCGUGGCCACCUUCGCAUCCAUGUGGAUCACCAAUGUGGCCGCCCCCGUGCUGUGCUUCUCCGUGCUGGACCCAAUCCUGCGCACGCUGCCCUCCGGCCAUUCUUUUGGCAAAGCUCUGGUCCUGGGCAUCGCGCUGGCGUCCAACCUGGGAGGCAUGACAAGCCCGAUCUCAUCGCCGCAGAACAUCUUCGCGAUCCAGGAGAUGGGCCGAGAUGGCGAGCCGCCCUCCUGGCUUGCCUGGUUUGCGGUGGCGCUGCCCGUGGCGUGCGUGGGUAACUUUGCCUGCUGGGGAUUUCUGCUGCUGGCCUACCGGCCCGGCCGCACCCUCAAGGAAGUCCGCCGUAUGCCCUUCAGCUCGGACCCGUUCACGUGGAAGCAGAUCUACGUGGUGGUGAUCAGCCUGGGCACGGUGGGGCUGUGGUGCGCCAACACCGCGCUCUCCAAGUUCACCGGCCAGAUGGGCAUCGUGGCCAUCGUCCCCAUGGUCGCCUUCUUUGGCUUCGGCCUCCUCUCCAAGGAUGACUUCAACAACCAGCUGUGGAACGUGGUGAUGCUGGCGAUGGGCGGCUCCGCGCUCGGCGAGGCCGUCAAGUCCAGCGGACUUCUCUCCUCCAUUGCGCACUCCAUCGAGGACGUGGUUGCCGGCAUGGGCGUCUGGGCCGUCUUCGCCAUCUUCUGCGCGCUUGUGCUCGUGGCCACAACCUUCAUCUCCCACACCGUGGGCGCCAUGGUCAUCCUGCCCAUUGUCAGCGCUGUUGGCGCGCAAAUGGAGCCCCACCCGCGGCUGCUGGUGAUGGGGGCAGCUUUGAUGUGCAGCGGAGCCAUGGGCCUGCCGGUGUCAGGCUUCCCCAACAUGACAGCCUACGCCAAGGAGGACCCCACCGGCAACCCCUGGCUAUCCACCAUCGACUUCUUCAAGGUGGGCGUGCCAUGCUCACUGGCCACGUAUGGCCUCAUCGUGACAGUAGGCUAUGGCAUCAUGAAGUUCGUUCUGGGCUGGUGAAGAGGGAGCGCUGCGCAACUGGCAUUCCUUCCUGAGAUUGGCAUGCUGCACCAGGAUGACUAAUGCUGGAUCCAUGACUGACGGUGCCUUUGUGCCACCACAUAUUGUGGGCGCUGCAGAAUCCGCUGUGCCUGCUGUGUGAAAGUUGGCCUUGUGUUUGGUAUUUGAAAAGCUUGGGCCGAACUGAGGGGGCGCUGUGACGUUUCAUUGACAUACUGUGGAGAGUUUUCACAUGCGCAGUGCACCUACUGGUGCGUCAAACUGCACCAAUCGCUGUCUUCUUGUUGUUCAGAGAUAUUUUUCUUUCCCGAUGUGCUCCAUUGGUCUUAGAACAAGCAGGGAUCCUGUCAGUUGGACUGUCCCACAUGCAGCUUUCAGACAAGACUGGGUCCUAUUAAAUCUGGUCUCGGUGGUUCUAUGGAUGGGGCAUCCAUGUCAAUCUUUCUGGCGGAUGUUUGGAGAUCACCGAUAUGUGGUUGCUUCUUCCUAAAUUCAAGAGGAGGCAGAUAUGACAGCAGACAUUUGAGAAGCUUUCCCUGGCUGUGAUUUAAGCAUUGCGACAUGC